CCCCAAUGGGUGUGGUUAGGAAAGUAGGAGGACUCUGGAAUGAUGAAGGAUGUAAAAACAACCAUCAAUUUAUCUGCUAUGAUGACGACCUGGUCCUGGUUCAUGAGAACAAGACCUGGGUGGAAGCCCUGAACCACUGCAGACAGCAGGGAUGGGAUCUGGUGUCCAUCCACUCUGAGAGGAUCCAGCACUGGGUGCAACGUCGGGCCAGAAACGCCUCCACCCCCUAUGUCUGGCUGGGCCUGAGGUACACCUGUGCACUGAAGGUCUGGUUCUGGGUGAGUGAACAUGGCCUGUGCCACCAGAACUGGGCCCCGGACCACGGGGGCAGCUGGGAGGAGUGUAAGAAGGCAGGUGCCAUGCCGAGGGAGGGGCCACAGCAGUGGGAGGGCAAGAACCAGGCAGAGAAGCUCAACUUCAUCUGCACCAGGAAACCUGAUGAUUACUAGGAUUCAAACUACGUAUGUCCAGUUCAUCUUGUCAUAAUCACCUGCUUGAAACAAGAGACGGGAAUGCAAACAGCUAUUCUGUGUUUUUGCUAUUUUAACUUUUUACUAUUUCCUAAUUUGUCUGAUUCUGAAAACCAGAUUCAAUCUUAUUUAUACUUCAUUUCACAUGUUAAUGUUUAUGUUUUAGGGUUUUAGAUAUAAGGGAUUUCAUAUGUUAGUGAUUUUAAGGGUAUAUUUAGACACUUUGUUGUUUCUUU